GACCGUUCCGAGCGAAGCAUGCGCGUGUUUGGUGCCCGAGAGUUGGUUCGGUGCGCGUGAGACUGGUUUCCUGCUUUUUCUUUCGCGCUGCGUCUGCAGGUGCAUUGUGGAAGUUUUGCUGCGUGUGUGUGUGUGUAUUGCGCGGUGCAGCAGUGCCGCUGUUGUGUGACACCGACGAUCCGCGGCCGGUGUAAUUGGCUUUUGAAAAGGCGACAAAUCAAUCAGCGUGCGAAUCGCACCCGUUAGCGCUUUAGUCGAUCGUAGUCCGUUGCCAGUAAGCGCCAUCUUGCGUGCUUUUGCUGAGUGUGAAUCAUGGGCAGUACAGGCUACACGUGUAUAAGACGGACGUUUUGCUUCUUCAACAUCCUCAUAUGGCUCUGCGGGAGUGGUUUCCUUGCAAUAGGCGUGUGGCUGCACUUUGCGUAUCCCGGUUACGCAACGCUAUUGCCUGACCAAGCCGCACUAAGUGCAGACUGCUUGUUCAUUGCAGUCGGUGUUAUUAGCUUCGUGAUCGCGUUCUUCGGCUGCUGUGGAUCCUGGUUCCAGUCGCGAUGUUUCUUGGUCAUUUACUUUACCCUAGUGGUGCUGUUGUUCCUGAGCGAGUUUCUGCUCGGCUCGCUUUCAUUCGUUUUCCGUGGCGGUAUAGGCCGUAUGCUUACACAGGAGCUAAAGUACGGCAUCGAGAAGCAUUACAACGUGUCUGAUCGCGGAGGACUUCUAACUCCCUCCGUUGGUUCCAUCUGGGAUAAGCUGCAGGUCGAUCUUCAAUGCUGCGGUGUGUCGUCGUACGAAGACUGGUAUGAUAUCAGUGCUUGGCCCGGUGAGCGAUGGGUUCCGGCGUCUUGUUGCCGAACCCAGUAUGGAUCGAUAUUUGCCGAAGGAUCUGGUGAUGAGCUGUCGAACGUCGAUUGCCAGAAAGCCGGCAAUCCAGCACUUCUGUGGGACAAGAGCUGCGGACAGAUUCUGCAGAUGUGGUUCGUUCAGCGACUUCACGUUGUUGGAACGGUAGGACUGGUGAUAGGCUUCCUUCAGCUUUUCGGUCUCAUCACAUCAAUGUUACUCUUCUGCACGGUAAAACAUAAACGAUCCUCAAAAACCUACAAAUCCUACUCGCCCACCGUCGACACUACGCUCAACCGUAACGGCACCAGUGGCACGUACAUGGACGACUGACUGUAUGGCUGAGUGGUUGUGAUCGGUAAAACGCAUCCAAUCGCAACCACAAACCAGCACCACGGAACGACACAAUACUCACCUGUCUCGAAAGGACACCGGGAGGUUCCGCAAAGCAAUGGCAAAUGGGGUUGUGUAUGCGUGCGAGCUGUACGUGUGUGAUCCUUGAAGCACAACAAAUGACGUGUGCCUAACGAUUGUGCCAAAAAAAAGAUAGAAACAAAAGUGUAUCGAACAAAACCGCGUAAUGUAAUGGACCUAAACUCCCAACAAACGAACGAACCGGAAGGACGUGGGAUACCGAGGGGAGUGAAGCGAGAAAAACUCACACACCCACACACAUAAACACACGCCGGUACCAACUGCAGCUGGCGAUGCAACGCAUUAUUUGAGAUUAGGCGCGAUAACGAUGGUAUGGUUGUGGGCCGCUAGCGUAGGAUGUAGGAGUUGCACAAUUUUAUUUAUACACUCGACUUAGAUGUAGCGUUUGGUCACCAAUUUCCCGGGUGUGCUGAUUUCUCGCGCGCGCAACUACGACUACAACUGCCUGAGAAGAAAAAAAAAACAAACUACCAAAACUACCCAAAUCGAUGUGCUGAGAGCACGCGUACCGCAAUACA